AUUCAGUCAUAUCUGUCAUUGAACACCGUCUCUCAUUAUCGCAUUUGCGCGAAUACCGUUCAUCUCAACGAGAGCCCGUCUACCUGAAUUGCCGUCACCUAGAGGAAGGAGAGGAAGCGCUCAGAAGCUCCCAAGUCAACUGCUUAUCCAGCAUGUUUUCAACGGCGACAAACCCCUACGAUGAUCUCAUCACCAAAGCGACCAACGAGAAUCUCGCUUCGGAGGACUGGGCACUGAAUAUGGAAGUUUGCGACAAAGUAUCGGGUGAUGGCUCCACUGGCGCUCGCAAUGCCGUCGGAGCAUUGACCAAGCGGUUGACACACCGCAAUCCUAGUGUCCAGCUUUACGCUCUCGAGCUUGCCAACACCCUCGCUCAAAACUGCGGAAAGCCAUUGAUGGAGGAGAUGUCUUCACGCAAUUGGACAGGUGCAUUGGAUAGACUCGUAAAUGACAGAACGACUGCCAAACCGGUCCAGAAGAAGGCUCUUGGAUACAUUAAAUCAUGGGCAAAGCAAUUUGAGGAUACUGGCGACCGCAAUGUGGGAAUGAUGGGAGAGCUUUAUGAUCAACUCAGACGUAAGGAUCUUCAAUUCGACGAACCCGAACCGACCCCGGAAUCGCCCGAAGAAGCGCGGAGACGUCAGGAGGACGAAGAGUUGAAGCGAGUCCUGGAGCUCUCCAAGCAAGACAAAGGUGGACGUUCGUCAUCUUCGGCUGCCCCCGCCGCAGGUUCCGGCUCCUCAUCCUCCUCUGCGAGACCUAACGGCAACGCUUACGCAUCGACGUCACGGGUCGAAUCUAGCCCACCUCGCCGGAUCGAAAGCGAGCUUCCACCCAUUCCCGACCUUGAGACCGCGACCCGGGUACGAGCACUGUACACCUUCACGUCGAACGAGAUCGGGGAGCUGAAUUUCGAAAGGGGAGAUGUGAUCAAAGUCUUGGAUAGAGGAUUCAAGGAGUGGUGGAGAGGGGCAUGCAACGGGAAGAUUGGGAUAUUCCCAACCACAUAUGUCGAGGCUGUUGCGGAGCCAUCUGCCAAAGAGUUACAGGACGAAGCGAGAGACGAGGCCCGUGUGUUCGCCUCACUCGGCCUUGUCGAUCAGCUGCUGCAGACCUUGAAAUCUGUCGAUCCCGCCCGAGGUGACAGGAUAGACAACAGGCCUGAUAUCGAAGAAAUGUACCAGGCCAGCGUGGCAUUGCAAGGACAGAUCAAUACCCUCAUCAAGAAGUACUCGGAUCAAAAAGCCGAACUCGAACACAUGAAUGCUAACUUUGUGCGAGCUAUGCGACAGUACGAGGAGUUGCGAAACGGUUCUCAGCCAGCUCAGCCUCAGUAUGGCUACCAUCCUCCGGCUGGGUACCCACAGCAACCUCAGACGAAUCAGUAUGCUCAGAAUCCCGCACAAUCUGCAAUCCCAAACCCAUGGCAGCAGUCUCAACCUGGACCACACUCGUACGAAAGCGCACCAGAUCCUCGCGUGUAUCCGGCGGAAGCUCAGCAGUAUCAGCAGCAGCCGCCGCCUCAGGAGUAUCAGCAAUCUCAUAUCCCGAUGCCCAUGCCUACUGGCGUAUCUGGCGUUGGCGCAGAUGUGUCACGUCAAUCAUCGUACACCUCGCCCACGCGUGAGACCGGACCUCAAUACGGUGCUGCUCAUCAACCUGCCCCCGGAUCUGCACCGCCGCAGAAUGGUCAACCCGGACAACCUUUCUACCACCAAUACUCUGCUUCGAAUUCUUCCUUACAUCGAGCCCCGACUGGCGCGCCUGAUCUCCCGCCUACCUCUCCUCAACGCCAACCGACACAGACUCGACCUGGAGCAGCCGGUGUUGGAUCAGGUAUCGCCGCAUCUGGUGGGACUGAAGCGGAGAACAAGGCUGCAUGGGAUGCAUAUUACGCUCAACAAGCGCAACAGCAGAAUUACGGCCAGCAGUCUCAUCAACCUGGAUAUCAGGGCUAUCCUGUCGGGCAAGGUCACCCUGGUGGACACGAGGGUCAACAGGGAGCUGGCAACAGAGCUUCGUCGUACGGCGGUCCAGGACUCCAAGCGGGCGGAGUAGAUCGUGUGACUUCGGGUAUGAACCGGAUGUCUGUGCAUGGGCAGUGAGGAUGAGGGACGCUGUGCCAUGAGUACGAACUUGAAGCAUCUCGGUCUGCGAUGUCUCGCUACCACUUGGUUGUAUCGCGAAAUGAAUAUCAUGUAGAUUUGGAGGAAUUGAGAUGAGCUCAUAGAGAUG